AUGGCCGAUACAGAGCAACCAGAAGGGCCCAGCGAGCCACAAAGCCGCCAUGUUAUCUACUGCGGCGUAUGCACUUUACCACCGGAGUACUGCGAAUACGGAGGCACCGUCAAGAAAUGCCAGGAUUGGCUCCAGAAAGCUCAUAGGGAAUUAUAUGACCUAAUAUGGUCUCCUGAAGCCCUAGAAGCAGCAACAGCCUCCCUAUCCGUCGAAGCGCAGAAGCGCGCCGCCAAGGACGCGCAGAAGAAAGCGGCGCAGGCCGAGAAAGCCGAGCAGAAGCAGGCGGACCGGAUCGCGAACAGCGUCGUGACGAUCAAGCGGGUGGAGCGUAACAAGCGGAAGUUCGUGACUGCCGUGUCCGGGUUAGAAGCCUUCGGCCUCGACCUGAAAAAGGUCGCCAAAGAGUUCGGCAAGAAGUUUGCCACGGGAUCUUCGGUGACCAAGGUGCCCAGCGGCGGCGAGGAGAUCGUGGUCCAGGGCGACGUCAGCGACGAGAUCGAGGAGUUCUUGCUCGAGAAGUACAAGGACAUACCCGAGGACAACAUCGAGCUGGUGGAUGAUAAGAAGAAGAAAGGGGCUAGUGCCGGCUAA